AUGGCGGACGAAGAGACAAAACUUACAAAUAAGAAAAAGAAAGAAACUAUAAAGCCUAUAGUGCCAAAAACGGCUGUAGACUUACAAAGAUUGCAAUAUGAAAAACUUAUGAAAGAUCCGGACAAAAAUGUGCCAAUACCAGAGAAACGAAAAGAGUGGAAACCAACAGAUCCAAAAGAUUUUGUUCGGUUUGUGAUGGGGUCGAGUGCUGGGGCAGGAAGUGGAGAAUUCCAUGUUUAUAGAGCUACACGGAGAAGAGAAAAUAAUAGAACAGAAUAUUUAGAAAGAGAAGCAAAACAGGAAGCUGAAAAUGAGGAUUAUAAGAAAAAAUUAGAAGAAAACAAAUUAAAAGCUGAAGAGAAGACAGCAAAGAAAAGAGCAAAGAGACAGAGAAAGAAGCAGAAGAAAAACCUUGCAAAGAAAAAGAAAGAACUUGAAAAUAAACAAGGUACUAUAAUUGUUAUACUAAGUAUUCCUUACAUUAUUAUCUGUUGUAAAAUGUACAAUGUAAUGCAUUGCAUGGAUGGAUAUUUUCACAGGAGACACAAAAGAACAAGAAACUAGUGAAGAAGAGGAGGAGGAGGAGGAGGAGGAUGAAGAAGAACCACAUUUUACCAUUCAUAGACAAUGAUGAAUUUUUGUUCAAUUUACCUGUACAUAACCAAGAGAAUGUAGUAUUCUGGGAGGGGUAAAUGGCAUUUAUCAUACUGAAGUUCUACCAUAAUUCAAGCCAGUCAAUUCUAUCAUUUACCCUAACAAACAAUGAGUUYSAAGAGAAAGAGGUGCUAAACAUAAUGCACUGUCAAUGAGACCCCUGUGUUCAAGACUAACAAACAGGACUGUAUCAUGCUAUUAUAUCAAUUAUAAUAAUUUUGAACUUUUGAGGAUCCUCUGGAUGAUCCAUAAUGUAGUAGUUUCUUGAUUACUAGUCUCCUUUGCAGCCUCGCCUUUUGUUGGGCUUCCUGUCCCUUUCUACCUGAUUACAUUAUAUUUAUUAUUAUCGGAUUUGAAAAUAGCAAUAUUUUAAAAAUAUUAGAUUUCUUGAUAUAGGACCAUUCACUAGUCUUUGCCAUCUUGUAAAACCUGUUAUUCAGAAUAGUCCAUUUUAUAAAUUGCAUUUGUAAAAUAUUAUCCAUUUACGUAAAAAUGAACAGGAAAAUUAAAUAGACAAAUACGRGUCAUUUGUGAAUGUCAGUAUAGGSYUUUUGUAUCAACUGGUCACAUGGUACAAAAUCUGCCAUACUGGAUGGUAAUUAGUAUGGCUAUCAAGGAGUUCUUUUGCUUUAAGAUAAAGAGUAAGUAACUUAGUAAAUGAAUUCCUCUCUCCAUAGUGACUGGGAUUGUAUUUAUGCCAUAUGCCUUACCUUGUACCAUGUAACUGAUUGAUACUAAAGGAAAGUUCAGUUGCAUUCUUGAUACUGAAAAAAAUUGAUGGUCCUCCAAAAAAUAAAAAACCUUAUGAAUUAA